AUGACUAGCGCUGCCCUCGACUUCCGCGAACUGGAAGCCGUCUGCCUCCGCUACCCUGCCAUCGACAAUCACGCCCACCCCCUUUUGCGAUCCUCACAUCGUCAUUCUGUUCCAUUCGAAGGUGUCAUCUCCGAAGCUUCUGGUCUUGCCGCCCCCGAUGCGGUACACACCGUCGCAUGCUAUCGGGCUACAAUCGAGCUCGGACAAUUGUUCCAGAUCAAUAAAUCUCAAGACUCGAGCAUGAAUACGUCUCAUGACGCCGGGACUAAGGGCGAUGAUGUAACCUGGGACGACGUGAAGGCAGCACGGGAUAGAAUGACCUAUGAAGAUCUAUGUAGGCUAUGUUUUGGACCGACGAGGAUUCAAUGUCUUUUGCUGGAUGAUGGGCUCGGUGGGGUGGCGGAGAUGGCAGAGGAUUAUACGUGGCAUAAUCAGUUUACAUGGAGUCCAAGCAGGAGGAUUGUCAGGGUUGAGGUAGUUGCUGAGACUAUCCUGAGCACCUUCUUCCGCUCAACCGAUCCAACUAUCAAUCCUCGCCAAUUUAUGCAUACGUUUGGCAUUGAGCUUGUCCGCCAACUCUCAAACGCCGCUGGUCGUCCGGAGGUCUGCGGCUUCAAAUCUGUCGUCUGCUACCGCUCGGGGCUUGAUGUCUCUCCGACGGGCAACGAACCCGCACUGGACCACGCGAUCGUGAGGAUCUAUAAGGAGUUUCUGAAGGCCUGGCCGGUCAAGGAGCUUAGACUAGAUGAUAAACCAUUGAAUGAUUUGGUCGUGCAGGUGACACUCACUAUCGCGGCAAAAUUCAAUAAACCGGUGCAAUUCCACACGGGCCUCGGUGACAACGAUAUCACUCUUACGCGUUCCUCCCCGGCAAACCUCCAGCCGCUCAUCAAAGCUCACCCGAACGCCACUUUCGUCCUUCUACACUCCUCUUAUCCCUACACACGCGACGCUGGUUAUCUGACCUCCGUAUACGCAAAUGUAUACCUCGAUUUCGGGGAGAUUUUCCCGUUUUUGAGCAGUGAUGGCCAGAGAACAGUCUUGAGGCAGGUCUUCGAGUUGACGCCGAUGAACAAGAUAAUGUGGUCGACGGACGGGCAUUGGUGGCCCGAAAGCUACUAUCUGGGGACAAUGCAAGCUCGUCAAGCUCUCCUUCAGGUCCUACCUCUCGCUUCAUGA